CAGGAAAUCCCUGCGUGUGUGUGUGUGUGUGUGUGAGACAAAGCGAAAGAAUGUGUGUGUUUUAGAAACGUGUUUCUCCUUGCAUUUCUCUCCCUUCUCUGCUCAGACGUGUCCCACCACCAACUCACUAUCCAAGCAUGCUCCCCUUCAAGGCAGCACCAGGCCAGUUUGGUCCCGACGUCCGGGAGGAGGGCCUCAAAGUGUGGAGGGUGGAGAAGAUGAAGGCAGUGCUGCUGGAUCCCUCCGAGGUGGGAGCCUUUUAUAACGGGGACUCUUAUCUGGUGCUGGAGAACCGCGGCCAACUGGGAGCCGACCUCCACAUGUGGAUAGGUGAGUUGUCAUCUCGGGAUGAGCAGGUGGCGUGUGCCAUGCUGGCCACUCAGCUGGACAACUUCCUGAGCGGAGACCCCGUCCAGCACCGACACGUGCAGGGCUACGAGUCCCCCGAGUUCAUGGCUCUGUUCCCCAGAGGGGUCAGCUACAAGGUGGGCGGUGUGGAAUCGGGCUUCAGGAGGGCUCAGGGCUCUGGCACGGUGCAGAGGUUGUACCAGAUCAAAGGGAAGCGCAACAUCCGAGCCAGGGAGGUGGAGCUGUCCUGGAGCAGCUUCAACAAAGGGGACUGCUUCAUCCUCGACCUUGGAGAGAUCAUUGUGUCGUGGAUCGGCUCUCAGGCUAACAUCUUCGAGAAGCAGAAGGUGCGUGAGAUCGCCGCGCUGAUCCGAGACACGGAGAGACAUGGUAAAGCCAAAAUCGUGGACAGCAACGAGGGGGAGGAGCCGGAGGAGAUGCUCAAGGUUCUGGGGAAGAUGCCCCAGUUGGCAGAGAGCACCCCAGAAGAGGACAGCAAAGCAGACGCUUCCAACUCUGCCUCCCUCUACAAGGUGUCUGAUGCCACAGGAUCCAUGGUGAUGACCAAGGUGUCAGAGAAGAGCCCGUUUGCCAAAGACCUGCUGGUUCGCGAUGACUGCUUCAUUCUGGAUAACGGCGCUAACGGGAAGAUCUUCGUCUGGAAAGGUAACGGAGCAAAUGCUGAGGAAAAGCAGUCGGCCUUAAAGAUGGCGGAUAACUUCAUCGAGCAAAUGAAAUAUCCCAGGAUGAAAACUCAGGUGGAGAUUCUGCCACAGGGGAAGGAGACCAUCAUCUUCAAGCAGUUCUUCAAGAACUGGAACUAAAACAUUUGAGAAAUCCUGCACACGAGAAGCAGACGCUGUAUAUCUGAAAACCAACAGCGUCUGAUACAAAAUGCUUUUUUUUACAUGCGAUGACCCGAUGUACAUAUUUGUAAGGGAGCACACUGUAGCUCGCUUGUGUGUUAGAAUAAGGAUGUGAUGCCACUUUUAUAAAUGCAAAGUCUAUUCUGUUAGAGAUAAACAUUAUUAAGUCAAAGAGUUUUUUUUUACGAUGCUCUAGUGUCACAGAUCUGCCUGCAUUUGACAAAUAAAACUUGAACUGCUCGCU